UUUUAACACAGAUUGUUUUACUUCCGCUUUGAUUUCUUUGUUUUUUUGGUUUUGUCUUUUUGCUAGAACUAGAAGUUGAGUUUUCAAGUUGUUUCCUUAUUAUUUAUACAGAUUCUCAAUGGCUGGUGCCAGACCUUUCAAAAUCUGGAACCAAGACAGAAGUGUAAAGAAAGGGAUUGUAGCAUCUUCUCUUCAAGAACUAGUUCAGAAAGGUGAAGAUAAAUUAGGUAUAACAAGUACAGAUGGGUUACGUGUUGUUAUAGCAGAGGAUGGAACAGAGGUUGACGAUGAGGAUUACUUUGUUUUCCUUCCUCAUAACUCGACCUUGAUGAUCUUACCUAAAGGUCAGAUGUGGAGACCUGAAGGCAUAGGUGAAGUGUCUGGCCAUGAUGAACCUGAUUUUAUCGGAGGAGGAACAGAAAUCUCUGAGAGGUCCAAAGAAAUGAUUGCUGGCUUACAGAAGAAUAUUACUCGCAUUAUAACACUAUCAAAUGAAGAUUUACAGCUGAUAGUUGAUUUGCCGAUAGGUCAUUUGGCACUUCUUCUGCAGGACACAGAAAACUAUGCAAAAACAGUACAGGAAGCAUGUCAGCGCCACCUGGACGAGAGAUCUCAGACAACACAAGCAUUGGACUUAUUACAACUUUACCAUAAUGCAAGACAAAAUAGUCCAUUUAUUGGAGAUGAUGAAACUAAGAGACAAAAACUUGCAAAUACAUAGAAUAGAAGACCAUACAUUACAUUCCAUUUUCAUAGACAAUUUUGUGUUCAAUAUGAAACAAUGCUUUUCUAGAUGCAAACAUUUCUUGAUUCAGUGACAGCAUAUGUAUAUAAUUCACAGAAACUACAACACUUACUGAAAAGAUGAUUUUCAAAUUCAUGCAUUUUCUAUAUCACAAUGCUUAUGUUAUUAUGUCACAGUAGGAACUGAUUGUUCAAAUAUCUCAUUUAAGCCGAUUGACCUCAGGUCAACCUGUGUAACUCAUUCAUAAAAAAAAAACUAUAGAUAUAUUCAGAAAUUCAAUGUCUGUCUUGUUCAGUCUCAUCAUACUUGUAAAUAUCUACUGGACCAAUCAGAUUGUCCAAUCUAAUGAUAUUCCCAUAUGAAAUCAUGCAACAAUCGUUUUUAAUAAGUCAUAUGAUGAAUACAAUGUAUUACUGAUAUGCAUUUAAAAGUGCUGGUGUUUUUUUUUUCUAUAUGAUAAUAUGAUAGGAAAUUUUAUUCAACAAUGUGUUUUUAAAUUUUUUAUAAGAAAAUAAAAGUGCCAUUUUUUUUU